GACCAAGUGAGGAGAGAGAGGGAUGACGGAGGGGCGGGACUGGAACUGGAGCGCUGCUCAUUGGUAGGCUGCGGCUCGCUCUCUGGAUGGAUUGACUUAGCACGGGUCAAAUUACACCGUUCGCCGUGCAUUAGUUUGUUUUUCUCUCAGCGAGGAGAAGUUGAUUCACUACGACGCGCUCCAUACACUUUUUUUGGAUUACGGCAGCGAAGCGGGAUACAAAAUAACCGAUUCAGAUGAGGUAACAACUCCACCGGUGGGAAACAGGAAGUGUUGUCUGUGAGCAGCCAUGGGCCAGAGAGCUGUGCUUCUGCCGCUGCUGCUGCUGCUGCUGCUGACGACAGCCACGCGCACUCUCCUCGCAGUCAGCUUCCCCGAGGACACCGUACCCCUCGAUGUCAUCGACGCACACUUUUCGCGGCGAUACCCCGUGUUCAGAGGCCGGCCCUCUGGCAACGAGUCCCAGCAUCGCCUAGACUUCCAGCUGAUGACCAGGAUACAGGACACUUUGUUCAUCGCUGGCAGAGAUCAGGUGUACCUCGUCAGUCUGAGAGAGUCCUACAGGAAUGAGAUCAUUCCGUACCGGAAGCUAACAUGGCGAUCGGGCCAAGACGACAGACAGAUGUGUGCCGUCAAGGGAAAACACAGAGACGAGUGCCACAACUUCAUCAAAGUGCUGGUCCCACGAAACGACGACCUGGUGUUUAUCUGCGGCACCAACGGCUUCAACCCCAUGUGCAGAUACUACAGGCUGGAUAACCUCGAGUUGGACGGAGAGGAGAUCAAUGGACUGGCACGGUGCCCGUUUGACUCCAAGCAAACCAACGUUGCCCUCUUCGCUGAGGGGAAGCUGUAUUCCGCCACUGUCGCCGACUUCCAGGCCAGUGAUUCUGUCAUCUAUCGCAGUAUGGGUGACGGAUCGGCCUUGAGGACGAUCAAAUACGACUCCAAGUGGCUGAAAGAACCUCAUUUCCUGCAUGCGGCGGAGUACGGGAAUUAUGUGUACUUUUUCUUCCGGGAGAUAGCGGUGGAGCACAGCAACCUGGGCAAGGUCGUGUAUUCUCGUGUGGCCCGGAUCUGUAAGAACGACGUCGGCGGGUCCCAGCGAGUGCUCGAGAAGCACUGGACGUCCUUCGUGAAGGCGAGGCUGAACUGCUCCGUGCCGGGCGAGUCCUUCUUCUACUUCGACGUGCUGCAGUCCAUCACGGACAUCAUCGACAUCGACGGGGUUCCCUCGGUGGUGGGCGUGUUUACCACGCAGAUGAACAGUAUCCCGGGGUCAGCGGUGUGCGCCUUCUCCAUGGCAGACAUUGAGAAUGUAUUCUUGGGCCGCUUCAAAGAGCAGAAGACUCCCGAUUCGGUGUGGACACCGUAUCCAGAGGAGAAGCUGCCCAAACCUCGACCCGGGUCCUGUGCAGGUCAUGGUCCAGCUGCGCCCCAUAAGAGCUCCAUCGACUUCCCGGACAACACCCUGCAGUUUAUCAAGUCCCACCCCCUCAUGGACUUAGCCGUGCCUUCUAUCAGGGACGAACCCUGGUUCACCAAGACACGCGUCAGGUACAGACUGACGGCGCUGGCCGUGGACAAUGAAGCGGGACCCCACAAGAACUACACCGUGGUGUUCAUCGGGUCAGAGUCCGGCAUCGUCCUCAAGGUUCUGGCCAAGACCAAUUCUGCAUCCCUGAGCGAUAGCGUGCUCCUGGAGGAGAUCGACAUCUUCAACAGUGCAAAGUGCCUGUCCAGCCGCGAAGACGACAAGCGCGUGCUGUCGCUGCACGUGGACAAAGACACGCACAGCCUGUACGUGGCCUUUUCAAGCUGCGUCAUCCGCAUUCCCCUGAGUCGCUGCGAGCGCCAUUCCUCCUGCCACAAGUCCUGCGUUGCAUCAAGGGAUCCUUAUUGUGGUUGGAAACCCCAGGGAGCCUGUGAGAGAAUACAGCCUGGUGUUUUGACCGGAUAUGAGCAGGACACUGAAUUUGGAAACACCGCCCACCUGGGAGACUGUCACGCGUUUUUGGGCUCUACUUCAGCGCCAGAUUACAAAUCAUUUGGCGACCCUACCUCUGACAUGGAGUUUUCAUCAACGACAGUCACUGUCCCGCCCAGUGGGCCCAUACUCCCCCCACUGUUCAUUCCCACUCAAAUUCCCAGCUCUGGGCCCGGUCCAGAGCUCUACGGCUCAGGCUUUGUGCUGCAGGACGACCCAGCAACCUCCCAUUCUUUAGACUCUAUCCCAGGGGGCUCAGAGGGUGUGUGGGACAUCCAAGCAGGUGAGACCAACCAGAUGGUCCACAUGAACAUCCUCAUCACCUGCGUGUUUGCCGCCUUUCUCAUGGGUGCCCUCCUAGCCGGCCUGAUUGUUUUCUGCUACAGGGACUCGUUCCUCCGCAAACCGCGGCAUGUUCACAAGGAUGCCGAGUCCGCACCGUCCUGCUCUGACUCCACUGGAAGCUUUGUCAAGCUCAAUGGCCUCUUUGAUAGCCCCGUAAAGGAGUACCAAACCAACAUUGAUUCGCCCAAGCUAUACACCAAUCUGCUGAGCAAUGGGAAAGACCUGAAUACGCCCAAUGGUGAUACAAAGACCAUGAUCGUCCGGGAAGGUUGCCAGCCACCUGACCUCGCUGCCCUGCCUACUCCUGAGUCCACCCCCGUACUUCCACAGAAAGGGCUCCAGCCCAUCAAAAACCAGUGGGAGAGGGCUCACGGCAAGGCCAGUGGACCACAUAAGGAGUCCAACUCGUCAACGACAGCGAAGAGUCCACAAUUCCUUGCUACCUCUCCUGCUCCUACCAACCCCCAUCACCCUCACCUUGCCCUGGGACACUCCCACAUUCCGAGUGCAGUUGUCCUCCCAAAUGCCACACACGACCACACCAACCUUGAGAAUGGAGACGAUACACUGCCGCAUUCAUCCGAAAAGAAGUCCAAGAACCCGGAUCCCAGGGGAAGUAGGAAAGAGCAGAAGAGGUCUGUGGAUGCCAGAAAUACACUAAAUGACCUUUUAAAACACCUCAAUGACUCUGUGCCCAACCCCAAGGCCAUUCUUCAAGAGGGAUCAGGGCCCCGCCCAAGGCAACAUCUCACUCUUGAGCCCAUGGAAGCACUGACUGAGGUGCCCCCACUGGUGCCUAGCCGUGAGGCUUCUCUCUACUCUCCCUCUUCCUCCCUGCCAAGGCACAGCCCCACCAAGAGGGUCGACGUGCCCAUGUGCACCACUCCCACCUCACCGACAGGCAGCCUGAGCAUGGGGGGCACUCUAGAGAGACAAAGAGGGGGCUACCAACUGCAUCGGAGUGCAUCUCACCGGCAGUCCUUAUCCACCUCACCAAAUGGGGUGACCAUGGGGGUGUCUCUGACGCGCCAACACAGUAUGAACAGAGGUGGCUACAUGCCGCCAACCCCGCCCUCCAGACAUGACUCUCACGGUGGAGUGAUGGGGGCAGGAAUGCACUCCGCUCACACAUCGUCCCUAUCGCGACAGAGCAGCUACAGUGGGCACGGCUCACUCCCUCGCACAGGGCUCAAACGGACUCCCUCACUAAAGCCUGACGUGCCCCCCAAACCCAAUGCUUUCUCACCACAGACUCCACAGAUGCGAGUGGUCAAUAAGUUCAAUUACUAAACGAAGAGACCAUGGACACUCCUUAGCGAGCUCCUUGACUGUUGAGCUCGGAGUCCCGAGGACUUUAGGAGGGAGCUAUGGAUGGGGGUAGGGCCUAGUGUGUGUUUGUGUAUCAACUUGAGGUGUGUGUUUCCCCUUUAAAUGAUAUGCACAGUCACUCAUGUUAAAAAAGGAAAAAAAAAAAUCACACAUAUGGCCAAAGAUACUCCUUGGGGCUUUUUUUGCUCCCCUCAUCUCCAUCUCCCUCCGUCGUCACGGUAGCCACGAGAUAUGAACAUUGAAGCAGUGGCUAAUCUGCCACUCCAUGUUAUGUAUCUGGGCUUGGGCGUCGUAGCCUGUGUCCUAUGACGUAUGAGGCUCAGGACGCCGGCAGGGACCGCUGUAACGUCCGUGCAUGUGGCACUGGGGUCAAAAAAAUAGAGGAAUACUUGAAGUAUGGGUGUCAUUCAUCACUGCCCUUGAGCACUGUCUUCCCACUAAUGUGAACUUAACAUAGAGGAGAGGUAGGCCUUGCCUUUGUUAGUAAGGCGGCUGGGGGCAGAGGAGAGGGAAAAUCAAUGAUAAUGUGGUUCAUGUUGCUUAAGAUAGAUAUGACCACGAACGGCUGAGCCUGGCAGCAAGCGGACAGAGGGAAAGGGCAGAUGUGUGCGUUGGUAUGUGUGUGUGUGUGUGUGUGAGAGAAAAGGCAGCAAACAUUAAGCCUCCAGACUAUAUCCAUGCUACUACGUUUUUCAUUUAAAAAACAGAUAUAAACGGUCUGUUUUAAGCUCAGUUUCACAAUAGUGAAAAGCAGAACAAGGAUUUUUUUUCCCCCAUCGACAAUACGGUGAAGCCAAAACUGCGAGUAAGUGUUUUAGCCGAGCUUUUCACUCACAGCUGAUGAGUCAAGUCGCAGCUGAUAAGAACCAUUAAGGUUGUGAAUGCGAUUGACAGCUCAGCUUAUAGCAGUUUUCAAGCUAAAAUGUAGCCAGCAGUGUUUUUAAACCUUUAAAUCUCUUAAACACUGGAGUGGGUGUUGACAACAUGAGCAGAACUGAUGCGUUUUUGAACCAAAACAGGGUAGUAUGGACUCAAAAUGUUGCCUCAUGCCAGAAAAUGCACCUUAAGACAAAUCUAAGACCCAAGUCACUGUCUUUCAUUUCAACAAUAUCAUCUCUUUUUUUUUGGUAAC